AUGGAGGACAAAAACAAGACAGUUGCCAAGCCUGAUGACAAAAGUACUUCCCCCAAGAAUGAAACACCAAACCUUCCCAGACCCCUAACUCCUUGGUCUAGUUCUGGUCAGGCUUCCGCUUUUCAUAAUUUUGGGUCCACUCCAACUCCCAGUUUACCUCCAGCUAGUCCUCACUUUUACUCCUGCUGGUUCGGAAGCCAGAUGUGGAAUAGACCAAUGCAAUAUGGAUCUCUGUAUCAAAGUAGGUCGUUCUCCAAUUAUCCUAUGAUGCCAACAUGGAUUGGUCAGAACUCUCUAUUAGCUUCUGCGAAUACAAUGCAAAGGACUUCUGCUGAAAACAAAACGCAUUUAGAGAACCAAUCGAACAGAAGCUCUACAAGCAACUUAACUCCCAAAGCAAAAGAAAAUGAAGGAAGUCCUUCAAUCCAAGAAACCAACAUGGGAGGAUUAACAAGGAGUGUGACUAGUGAUAGCAAGGAAACAACUGUUGUAGUCCAUGAUGAUAAGAAAGAUGGUGGAUCAACAAAGGAAAGUAACAAUGCAAAAGAACAAAGAAAAAGGAAGUCAGAGCAGACAUCAUCUGAGAUCUCAAGCCUGAAGACCACAAAGGAUAUUCCUUCACCUAAGCAGCAGCAAACUAGGAUGAUGCCUAGAACUGAUAAUUUUGAAGCAAGCUCAACUGAUCCGAAUCAGAAUUUGCAUAUAGACCCCAAUGCAUCUGCCGCUAAUCCUCAACUUGAAAAGGUGGAAAGUGACCAUACAAAAGAACAAGGAAAACUGAAGGCGAUGGCUAAAUCAUCUAAGAGACCAAGGAUCAAGAUUAUAAAGUCAUGGAUUGUCAAUUCUGAGAAGCGGUUUCAGCUGAAGAAUAUCCCUUCAAUUAAUCAACAGCAAUCCAGUGUGGCAGCGGGAAAUGGUGGUGGUGCAAACAAUGUGACUAGUAUUGAAAAUCGAAAUUCUGUUCAAGAGAAUACAAAUAUUGCGUCGGAUCAUUUUGAAGCAAAUCCAACUAAGCUGAAUCGGAAAUUGAGUACAAAACUCAAAGCAUCUGCCACUAAUCCUCAACUUGUGAAGGAGGAAACUGAUGAAGCAAAAGAGCAAAGAAGAAGGCAGUCAAAGAAGAAAUCAGCUAAGAGAUCAAGGAUCAAGAUGAAGAUGGAACGUGAAAGGCUAAAUGAAUCCAUUAAAAAUCUAGAUGUUGAAAAUGCUGCGCUAAAGAAAGAGCUUCAUGACCUUAUUGAUGACUGUGACAAGCUCAUAAAAAAUAACGAUUCCUUACAGGAUGAACUCAAUGAGAUGUUUGGUGAAGAAACAGUAAUGGAAGUUUUGAAUGCACUGUCUGCUGACUUGGAUGCUGAUGGUGAUAAAAACUCAAAUGACAGUUGA